GGGCCCUCGUAAACACCACCACGUGACGUCACGGAGCAGACGACGGCGUCGCGAAGAUAAAUUUAGGCUUUUGUGUCUCUUCCCAUUGAUAUCUACCAAUGCCCGACCCUUCCUUGGACCAAUGACAGUGUGAGCUUUCGAUGGCGCCAAGUUGCAUGUGAGACCCACGCCACGACGUUCGCGAUAUUUAGCCGUUCAGUGCUACACUAGGCCAGUUGAAGACAGUGUCAGAGUUGCAAUAAGGAAUCUGCAUGAAGGACCAUCUUGCAAUUGGUGUGCACAUACUUUCUUUAAAGGACUCUUAUUAUUCUCCUUCAUGCGAAGGUUUCUGCUCUACAUUAGCUACUGUGGUACACGGUUCAGAGGUGUUCAAAAGCAGCCCAAUGAAGAGUUGAGAAACCUACCACGUAGCGUACAGGGGCUACUAGAGGAAGGACUUCUUUCACUGUACCCGGCAAACACUCCUCACCUGUAUUUUUCUAGUCGAACUGACAAAGGUGUUCAUGCACUGUGCAAUACUGCCCAUGUUGAUCUAUGCAGAAAAACAGAGGGUUUAUUUUAUGAUCCAGAUGUCAUAACUGGUAGACUUAAUAAAUACCUCUGUCAUGAAGGACAUGAUAUAAG